AUGGCAGUCACACUCCACAUGCGGAUGUUCAUGCCUACCAUCCUCCGGCUACAUGUGGUUCGCUACUUCGCGAACCUCUACAUCAAAAAGCCCGAUGAGGGGCUCCGCGCCGUGAACAAAGAGCUGCAAGCUCAGGCAUUGCAGCUUGCAGGGAUGGAAGAAGCGCCGCUGCCUUGCUGUAGAAACGUUAUCGUGGGCGUGAGGGAUCUGCUGGAGCGCUCCAUCGAGGAGACCUCAGACAGCUGCUUUUCUCCGGUCACCGCCCUUCUGUCUGGUGAGUGGAUCAACGAAUCCUCAUAUUGGCAACACGACUGGGAGUGCCAGCCGGACCUGGAGUGGCAGAGUGAGUGGGACUGGCAGCGCGUCUGGGAGCGCCUCUUCUUGAGCUCCGGUUUCAGGAAUCACGGCUUCGAGGCUUCGCUCUGGCGCCUGGCGGCUGAGGAUCCUGUGGGAGUGGCGCUUUCCACUCGUGGUCACAGCCACGCUUAUCGUCGUUGCAUCCGCUGGAAUGGCACCACUCUCGAUGCACUCACCGCAGGGAACACCUAUGACUAUGUGCAUAUUUUUGCCAAGACGCAGCUUGUUCCGUCUUCCCAGGCACCAGUGGCCGCCCCUGCCGCCACGGUUUCUGCAGGCGCAGCCGCAGCCCCCGUGUUUGGUGUUGCUGGUGGCUCGGCGGCUGUGGGCGCGACCGCCACUGCUGUAAGCUCCUGGAUGUUGGCGCUGAUCCAGGUGACGGGCAGCUCAGCUUCUGUCGCCGUUCCCGGUCUGACAUUCUAUUAUGCUUGGAAGAAUCGCCACUAUGUCGAAGCUGCGAUUUUUGGUGCUUUGUCCCUGGCGCUUUGCCCCUAUGCAUGGCGGGUCUACUGUGCAGCCUCCAGCCUCGCCAAGCAGAUGGCACCAAAGCCGCCGAAACCGCUUUCUUCGAAAGCUCCGCAGAAGAUCCGAGGCGGGAAGACGAAGCUCCCCAGAGGAGACUUCAAGCUGAAGCUGACGGACUCCGACCCUCAGGCACAUCCCAUCGAGUUGGCGUCUCCCCUUGAAGCAGGUGCCGUCGGACAUGGCAGCGCUGCUACCUCCGACGAGAAGGGCGAGACUGAGCUCACCGGCGCUGACGCUGUCCGGGGAGGAGGCACAUCGCCAACGCGUGCACCGCGCUGCACAGGUGUAUUGGAGGAACGUCCAACAUAG